AUGAAGACCUCCAUAUCUACUUUGACUUUGAUGCAUAUCUCCAAGUCUCAAGGAGACACUGCAUUAGCAGACCGCAGUAGGCAUUGCUAUAAUCUACUUUUGAAGCAAAUCUUUGGACUCAAGGAGCUCAAAGAUCCAACUGAUCUUAUUCGCACUGGAAUGAUUCUUGCGCUAUAUGAGACUUAUAAUCCAAUCCCAGACCAGGAAAAUGCAUGGCCGAUCCAUGUAGAGGCCGCUUAUAAUCUGAUGACGAGUUCUCAUACUCCGAAGGAGCAUUUACUCAAUGAACAUGAUUUACGUCGACUAUAUACUACUGAGUUUCUCCGCAUUUGGAUCAACGAUCUUGUUAUAAUCCCGCAGAUUCCUCACUCAACUUGGUCCUCAAUGGGUAUAUUCGAUGAGCUCCUCGAAUUACUCUUCAACGCAACUAAAUCACUUUACGACUACCGAAUAAAGAAGAAAAUGAAGAGCUGCGAUCUAACAUCAAUUGAGAAUAUGUUAGCAAUCACAAGAAAUAUAGAGACCCAGCUUUUCGACUGGUACAGCCAACUUCAAUUGAAGAACGGCGACUCUCUUUUUGCGAUCCAAGAGCAGUCCUCUUCUCCGCAAGCCGACGCGCACAUUCAUCAAUCGGUUCUUAUCUUCACAAAUACAUCAACUAUACCACUGCUACUACUUUACUGGCUAGGUCUAGUGAUUAUUUACAACUUCAUGUUUGAGGCUCUGGAUAGCCUUGCAUAUUGGCGUUCUCCUCAAACAACGAGAUACCUUCAGCACAAGAUGAACGACACGGAUGCUCUGUGUUGUCAUUAUAGCGAUCUGAUAGCCCAGUGCCAGGCUAGCGUUACUACUGGAGGUGGACUGGGAAAUUACAUAUUUGCAAUGGCGACUUUCUCAGCUGCACAGAAUGUCAAGUUUAAGCGCAAGAGAGCUACACAUAACUCUGCACUGGAGAUACCGGAGCUGCACUCUUAG